UCAAAAUUUUUGACGAUUCUGAAUGGGCAUUAUGUUCGCACUCUUUGAGUGUCUGUUACGUGUUUGAGCACUACGAAAUUCAAAAUAUUUUGCCAUUUUUCCUCUUGCCUAAUGCAUUAAUUUUCCAGAUCUUACAGUUUUAUUAAAGAAAAACCUUAUAUGGUCUCCGAACAAGGUGCAUUAUAAUCCGAAUUUAGUAUUUCAUGGAGUGCCCUCAUUUAGAAGACAAUGCCUGCAUAACGACACCGAAUAUAAAGAGUGAGAAUCUACCUUCACGAUUUCUUUGUGGUGUUUGUAAAACAGAACAGAGCCCAUGGAUUUGUGUGAAGUGUGGACGUAUCCACUGUGGGAGAUAUGUAAAUGGACAUGCCAAGCUCCACCAUGAAGAGUCAACAAACCAUGCAGUGUGUAUGGAUUGCGACAACUUGGCUGUCUUUUGUUAUAAGUGUGAUGAGUUCGUUAUCAACGAUACCACUCCAGGCCACCUUGAGAAGCUCCGCAAACAGCUGCAGUCCAUCACCAGUGCGCAGGCAUGUAUGAGACAAAAGCCAAGAAGAAGAUGUUCAACUGAUUCUCAGGAAAAUGAAAGGUCAACAAAGAAGAUGAAAAAGGAUGUUCAGCUAAGGAAGCCAAGGUCAUCAGGAUUACGGAAUCUGGGAAACACAUGUUUUAUGAAUGCAGUAUUACAGUCUCUUAGCAACAUUCAACAGUUUUGUGGCUAUAUCAAGCAAUUGCCAUCCUUAGAAGAAAAGGCAACAAAAGUCAAGAAAGUCCAGACAAGAAAUUCAAAAACAACAGAGGAGGAUAUCUUAUUGGUUGAAGAACUGAGGAAAACCCUAUGUGCUUUAUGGCAAGGCUCAAAGGGUGCCAUUUCUCCAGAAUCCUUGUUUGCUGUUAUUUGGAAGGUUGUUCCCAGGUUUAGGGGAUACCAACAGCAAGAUGCCCAUGAAUUCAUGCGAUACCUCCUUGACCGUCUCCACACAGAACUGCUGACUCUCCUGCCCUACCCCAACAGUGACAGCCCAUUUAUUGGACCCAAGGGCAAGAGCACCAUAGUCACGGCUAUUUUUGGAGGCCUCCUCCAAAAUGAAGUCAAGUGUCUUGAAUGUGGGGUGGAGUCUAAAAAACAUGAUCCUUUUCUAGAUUUAUCUCUUGAUAUACCACAACAGUUUUGUCACAGAACCGUCAAAGCCAAGGAUGGAGAGCAGCCAAGGUGUACCCUCUCAGAUUGUUUACAAAGUUUUACUGACCUCGAGGAACUUGAAGAAUCUGAACUCUAUAUGUGUAGCAACUGUAAGAAAAAACAGCGCUCCACCAAAAAAUUCUGGAUCAGGAGAUUGCCAAAUGUUCUCUGUUUACAUAUAAAACGUUUUCGAUGGCAGUCUUUCUUCAGGGUGAAAUUGGAGACAUUUGUAGAAUUUCCUUUGGAAGGCUUGAACAUGCACAAGUAUAUUCUUGAUAACAUGCAUGAGACUCGGGGUAGUUGUGGAGGAAGUAAUGAGUAUGACCUUGCAGCUGUUGUAGUUCAUCAUGGGUCAGGAGCAGGAUCAGGUCACUAUACAUCAUAUGCCAGGCAUGAAGGUCAGUGGUUCCAUUUUAAUGACAGUACAGUGACUCCUUGUGAACCAGAAACUGUGGCUAAAUGUAAGGCAUACAUCUUGUUUUAUAUACGCCGGCAAUUCAAGGUCCCGGACUAUUUAUCCAUCAGAAAUGGAAAGUAAAACAAAAACCAACACAACAUUGCCUGAUCAAAGCAGUUGUGUUUUUCUCUAGUGUGGACCACAUCGUUGACCAAAAGAAGAGGAUGAAGGAUAGAAGAAGAACAUCUUUUCUUCAUUUUUGUCACAUUUUGUGUAGUUGUUGAUCAGCUUGUUUACUUUUAGAGUGUGUUUGUAUGCAUCUCCAUUUUGAGCAUGUAUGAAUGAUGUGGUAUGAUGUUUACAGAACUGAAAGCUAUGCUUUUCAUAGUCAAUUUUCAUAGUAUUAUAAAUUGAGAAAUAGAUUUUGAUAGGUGUACAUGAAUGAUGGGUUACUCCCUGAUGUCAUCACAUCCUGGCUUUUAUGAUUGUGCAUUGUUUUGUGUAAAUGAUAUUUAUUCCAGCAGGUUUGUUGGAUAUUUGUACAUUUCUCUUGUGGUCUCUGUUUAACUAGCAUGUUCAAUCCAAGCAAUGACAGAAGUCUUCAAUUUUCUUAAUUAAGAAUCCUGAUAAUACAUUGAAUACAAGUACAAUGUACAUUAAUACAUUGAAUACAUGUACAAUGUACAUGUUCAUGUGUUUGUAGAAAAAUUUUUAUUUUACAUCCCACAAUCAUCUCAAAUUUAUUUUUCUCAAUUCCAGCUUGAACUGUAGUAAAAUAAAAAUUAUACUGUGCUAUUCUGUAUUUAAUAGGAAAGAUGGAUUGUAUAUUGGAAGAAAAUUAAUGUAGUAUUUUAAAAAAUGUUCAUCAUUUAAUAAUCAGUUAUAAAUUAAAGGUUGCUCUUUUUUAGCAAAUGGUGUUGAUCUUCCACCAGUUUGAUAAUGUCAGGUUGUAUUUUUAAAUGUUCUUUUUUUUGUUUUUGUUUCAUGUGUACUAUAUCAGCUGGGCUCAGACUUUCCUCCCUUUUAAUAAUUUCAAUACUAAGAUUUCAUUGAUGGUCUUUUUUUUUUUUUUAAACGGCAGUAGUAUUAAUUAGAUUGCCAAUUCUCUUUAUCUACAUGUACAGGUUUGUAGAAAGGCAACAGGGUAAAAUAUCUACCAGUAUAUUUUUGAAAAAUAUAACAAACUGCAAUCCGUAUGAUUUGGGCAUUGUCUUCAGGUACUCACUUUAUAACAAGGUCACAUACUACAUAUUAUUGGGAAAUUUACUUCAUUGUUUCUAUUGAAAACUUUGUAAAGUUAAAAUAUUAAUUGUAAGAAGUUAUGCCUGUUAGAUUGCUUUGGUAUGUGUAAAAUUUUGCUUGUCAGUUGUAAAAGAAGAAUUUUUGGUAUAAAUGAUUAAAUGCUACAUAUGCCCUCGCUGGUUCUGAGGUUAGUUUUUGCCAUCCUCUCCUCAUUUGCGAUUUGUUCAUGUGCUGAGCACUGGAUCAAAAAGGAUACAUUUUUGUUUUACUGCGAUCAAAUGACACUUGUCAAUAAAAGUUUAACAUUACAAA